CCAGUCGAAAGAGGGCAUUUUAUUUACACACGUGCAGAAGUCUGCUUCACCCGUCAAUAUUUUUUAUUAAAUUUGACAAAGACCUGUCGGUAAGGAGCUGAUUUUCGAGAUGGUUCGUAAGAAGAUUGACAACCGCAUCAGAGUGCAGAUAGAGAAUGGCGUUACCCAGGGUCAUAGGUCACUCUUUGUUCUUGUGGGAGACAAAGGCAAAGAUCAGGUGGUGAUUUUACAUCACAUGCUGUCCAAGGCGGUAGUGAAGGCCAGGCCUUCUGUGCUGUGGUGUUAUAAGAAAGAGCUCGGAUUCAGCAGUCAUCGGAAGAAGCGCAUGAAGCAGCUCCAGAAGAAGAUCAAAGGAGGAAUGGUGGACGUUAGCGAUGAUGAUCCUUUCGAGCUCUUCAUCGCUGCUACCAACAUCCGCUACUGCUACUACUCUGAGACGCACAAGAUCCUCGGUAACACCUACGGCAUGUGUGUCCUCCAGGACUUUGAGGCCAUGACCCCUAACCUCUUGGCCCGUACCAUUGAGACUGUGGAGGGGGGUGGCAUCGUGGUGAUCCUUUUGCGCAGCGUGUCGUCCCUCCAGCAGCUCUACACCAUGUCCAUGGACGUUCACUCUCGCUAUCGGACGGAAUCUCACCAGGACGUCGUUGCACGUUUCAACGAACGAUUCCUGCUAUCGCUGGCGUCAUGUGAUAGCUGUAUGGUGGUCGAUGAUCAGCUUCAGAUUCUACCUCUGUCUCAACACACUCUCAACAUUGAGGCCAUACCCCCAAGACUAAGGUAAGUAGAGGAUUCUCAAAGCCCUGCGGAGAUUGAACUGAAGGAGUUAAAAGCAUCCCUGCAGGACACACAGCCUGUCGGAGCUCUUAUCAACUGUACAAAAACCCUUGACCAGGCCAAAGCUCUGCUGAAGUUUGUGGAGUCCAUUUCAGAGAAGACACUUCGCAGCACGGUUUCCAUGACAGCAGCAAGAGGGCGUGGCAAGUCCGCUGCAUUGGGAUUGGCUAUCGCAACUGCCGUAGCAUUUGGAUAUUCCAAUAUCUUUGUGACGGCGCCAAGCCCGGAGAAUAUCCGCACCCUGUUUGAGUUCAUCUUCAAAGGCUUUGAUGGGCUUGACUACCAGGAACAUCUUGAUUAUGAGUUAGUCCAGUCGACCAACCCAGAGUUCAACAAGGCCGUCAUCAGGGUCAACAUCUUCAGAGAACACAGACAGACCAUACAGUACAUCCAUCCUGGCGACGCCCAUAAGUUGAGCCAAGCAGAGUUGGUGGUGAUUGACGAGGCAGCUGCAAUCCCGCUUCCUCUUGUCAAGGAGCUCCUCGGGCCAUAUCUGGUGUUCAUGUCCUCGACCAUCAAUGGGUAUGAGGGUACUGGCAGAUCCCUCUCCCUCAAGCUUCUUCAGCAGCUUAGAAAGCAGAAUGCAACAUUUGGGGUCAGCAGCUCUGCUGCAAACAAGGCAUCCACUUCCCUUUCAACAGGGUCAUCUGCCUCAGGUCGUGUACUACAUGAGGUGACGCUGGAGGAGUCCAUACGUUACAGUGAAGGUGACAGUGUAGAGAAGUGGCUCAAUGAACUCCUGUGUCUCAAUGUCGCUGAGGUCCAGCGGAUAUCGUCAGGUUGCCCUCUUCCUGCAGAUUGUGACUUAUACUACAUCAACAGAGAUACACUGUUCAGCUACCACAAGGCAUCUGAGGUGUUCCUUCAACGAUUGAUGUCCAUUUAUGUUGCUGCGCAUUAUAAGAACACUCCAAAUGAUCUUCAGCUGCUCUCUGAUGCUCCAGCCCAUCAUAUCUUUUGUCUGUUAGGACCAGUGAAAGCAUCACAGAGCGGUCUACCAGAAAUACUGUGUGUCUUACAGGUUUGUCUGGAGGGAGAGAUUUCCAAAGAAACGAUAAUGAGCAGUCUGAGUAGAGGCAAGAGAGCGUCUGGUGACCUCAUUCCAUGGACAAUCUCACAACAGUUUCAAGACAACGACUUCCCAAGCCUGUCGGGCGGGAGGGUGGUCAGAAUAGCUACACAUCCAGAUUACCAAGGGAUGGGGUAUGGUAGCCGAGCUAUGAGCCUUCUUCAAAAGUACUACCAAGGAGAGUUUCCCAGUAUGGCAGAAACACCUGAAACAAAGACUAUCACUACAGUGGAGAAAGAGGCCGUGGGUUUGCUGGAAGAGGUGAUCGUCCCGAGGAAGAACCUACCCCCUCUACUGUCCAAGCUGAGCGAGAGACCAGCUGAGAAACUGGACUACAUUGGCGUGUCGUUUGGACUGACCGCUGACUUGCUCAAGUUCUGGAGGAAAGCAGGGUAUCUUCCAGUCUACCUGAGGCAGACUGCGAAUGAUCUAACAGGAGAACACUCGUGUAUCAUGCUGAAGACUGUACAAGAAUCAGACACAGAGGGCGCCAAUCAGGAAACAUGGCUCACAGCUUUCUGGACAGACUUCAGGAAGCGGUUCAUGUCUCUGUGUGCGUAUCAGUUCAGAGCUUUCAAGCCUUCCCUAGCCCUCAGUGUGCUCUUCUGCAAGGCGUACAACAAGAUGAAACCACAACCAAUGACUGCAACGGAACUAGAGUUGCUCUUCUCCAAGUAUGACAUCCAGAGGCUUGAGCUCUACUCUCGGAACAUGGCCGACUACCACCUCAUCACCGAUCUGCUGCCCUCUGUGACGAGACUCGUCUUCCUCAAGAAGAUCAACUUCCAACUCUCCGCUGUUCAGUUUAGCAUCCUUCUAGGCCUUGGUCUACAGCACAAGACCGUGGACGUCCUUGAGAAGGAGACAGAGGUCCCUGUCUCUCAGCUCCUGGCCCUGUUUAACCGCACCGUCAGGAAGGUCGUGACGGAGCUCAACAGCGUCCUGGAACGGGAGGUGGAGAAAGACAUGAUGGAGGAGAAGGUGGUCAACAUGGAACCGACCAGACAGACAAUGGCUCAAGAAUUGGAUGAAGCUGCAGCAGUGAUUGAGGCCAAACAGAAGAAAGAACUAGCAGCUUUGAAAGGACUGGAUCUCAGCAGAUAUGCGAUUCGAGGCCAAGAGUCCGAGUGGGAUGAUGCCCUCAAGUCCGGGAAGAAGAAGAACCUUAUCAGCAUCAAAAUUGCCAAUCAGGAGAAGAGGGCAGCAGAGAAGAGCAAAUCAACGGAGAAGAGGAAAGGAGACAGAGAGAGCCUCGGAGGAGGAGAUGACGAUCAAGAGAUGUCCAAGAAGAAGAAGAAAAAGAAGAAAUUUACGCCCGGCAAAGGAUCCAAGAACUGAGAGAAUAACUUUGGACAAGAGUGCCAGUUUCAGACUUGGACUUUCUCUAUUUCAGACUUUUUGAGGCCUAUUUCAGGCUUCAUAUUGGCAGAAUAUUCAGAGCUCCGAUGUACAUAUAAACUGUAAUAUGGAUUUUAACCCCAGACCAAUAUGUUGUUUGGAGAGUACAGUAGUAUACAUGUACACUACAUGUGUGGCAAAGGUCGACUGGACUAUAUGUCAUGUUUUUAUGUUAAAGUAAAAGAGAAUACCUUCAGACAGAAAUGCCGUUUUUCAGGCUCUGACUUUCUCCAUUUCAGACAUUUUGAGGCCUUUUAUCAGACUUCAUAUUUGACUGAAUGUAUAGAGCUCCCAGAUACCUGUAAACUCUUUGUUGGUUAUGGAUGUCAAUCCUAGACUGUGAAUUUGGUUGGAGAAUAUACACUGCACAUUUUGCAAAGUCGAUUGUGGCCGUAUGUCACGUUUAUGCCAGCGUUUAUGUUAUAGGAACGGGCAAAGACAUCAACGUUUUUGAAACAUUGGAUCAUGAUAAUAAAAGGAUUCAAUGGAUCAGUAGCUGUAGAACCCUCAAAGCUCGUUUCAUACAACCCGCUCCUAGAUCCUAAUCAAGUGAUUGGUCCAAGGCAGUCACAUGUGAUUUGUUUACCGCAACUAUCCCUCUCCUCCCUCUUCCCCUUUUUGUUCUUCUUUUUCAUUU